GAGAGGAUGUUGCUGCUGCGAGCCGCCAGGGCGGCGGCCACGGUUGCCGCCGGCGCCAGGAGGAAGCCCGGUCUCCUACCUGUCGCCGUCGCUGGUCUAUCCUCCUCGUCAGGAGCACCAUCGGGUGGGAGGCGGAGGAAGGGCCAGCGGCGGGGCGAGGCCAAGCCCCAACCCGAGGUCCCGAGCAAGAAGAAGCCAAACGCGAGGUCGGCUAAGGACAGGAAGGCUCGCCCGGUGGAAGAGGCGCCAGGCCAGGAGAUUGAGUUUGAGUUGGUGAAGCUGCAGCCGGAGAAGCCCAAGCGGGUGGUCAAGUGGCGGUGCGCGACGGGGUGCGGCGCCUGCUGCAAGCUGGACAAGGGCCCCGAAUUCCCCACCCCCGACGAGAUCUUCUCCGACUUCCCCGAGCACCUCGAGCUGUACAAGAGCAUGAUUGGCCCUGAUGGAUGGUGCAACAACUACGACAAGACUAACCGAACCUGCAACAUCUACGAAGACCGGCCAUUCUUCUGCAGGGUGGAGCCAAAGGUUUUUGAGGAGUUCUUUGGCGUGCCACGCAGCAAAUUCGACAAGGAAGCCUGCAGUGCCUGUGUGGAUAACAUCAAGAUGGUGUAUGGGCAAGACUCUGCUGAGCUUGGGAACUUCAAGCGUGUCAUAAAGGAGGAAAGCAAGAAGCAUGAAGAAAGCAUGAAAGAAGUCCAAUUGUUGGAUACCUAGCUCUCGUGGUAAAACUUAGAAGCUAUCAAUAUUAUUAUGCCAAUGACUACACAUAUGUUGGUACGUAAUUGAUUUCGGAGGAUACAUCACUCCCCGGAGGCCGGAACAGUUGAAACUGGAACAGGAGGUGUUCCAUGCUCAUAAAAGGUGAUCUGAGCUGGUGGUAUGCCAUUUCUGACCUAUGAAUGAGUGUAAAUCUAAGUUUAAUAACCUUUCUGGUUAAGAAGUUGGUUUAUUCUUUCUUUUUAGAAUUUUUUGGGCACUGCACUGUCAAAAUCUGAUGAUAAUAUAGUAAUCUCAUUCUAAUUUGGUCCUGAAUUAGAAAUUCA